AUGGCGCUUUCAAGUUCUCUCGCAGCUCAAUCGGGGCUGACAGCUAAUUCUCUGAUCGCUUCAUCUGACGCAGACUCCAUCCGACAAGCUGUACGAUGUGAAGCGGAAUUGCUCUCGACCUCCCCACGCCCGUACCCGACAGACCUCAACUGUGCUAUCCUCGAGGAAACCGAGUCGGAAAACAAUUCCGAUACCGAACCCGCGCCCGCGCGAUUCAACACGCCGCCUUCGCCUGGCUCACCACCACUCGAAAUGGCAUUUCCUACUCGACAUUCUGGCACCAACGGGGUCACCCAGAAUGGCCAGGGCCAAGAUGGCGCCUCAGCGACAACUGAUGACAUGAGGAAAAAGGUCCGUGCCUCAACCGGGCUAGGCAUCAGGGGUCGAGCUGUCAACUUUGUCAGCGCGAACGUGCCAGGAAGAGAUAAGGACAAGAAGAGAACGAAGCGACGAGCUAAUAGCUUCGAUGGGCGCAAGGAUACUCAGGCUCUUCCACCCGCUGCCAUGGGUACUGGUGCCAAGGCGCGGCGCAUGAGUCUGAGCCUCCCGGACGAUUUCACAGUCGAUGUCGCCGAACUGCUUACUGAAUACGAGUAUCAACACAAGUUUCUCGGACGUCACGGCAAGCAUCUCGGGAAGGGUGCUACAUGCAAAGUUACCCUGAUGGCCCGCAAAGGUUCACCUGGUGAACUAUACGCUGUAAAGGAAUUCCGUGGAAAAUCCGGUCGCGAGUCACAGGAGGAAUACGAGAAGAAGAUCAAAUCGGAAUAUAGCAUCGCCAAGAGUUUACACCACCCAAACAUUGUUGAAACUGUUCGUCUCUGUACUGAUCACGGACGAUGGAAUCACGUCAUGGAGUACUGUGCCGAAGGCGAUUUGUUCGGCCUUGUCGAGAAGGGCUACCUCAAGCAGGAGGCGCGCAUGGUUGACCGACACUGCCUGUUCAAGCAACUCGUCCAGGGAGUUAACUACUUGCAUUCCAAUGGCAUCGCCCACAGGGACAUCAAGCUCGAGAACUUACUCAUCACUCGCGACAGCAAGCUUAAGAUUACUGAUUUUGGCGUGUCCGAGGUAUUUUCCGGUAUCCACCCUGGUUUGCGAGAGGCCGGCGGGGUGUGUGGCAAGAACAUGGGAGACGUGCGCCUUUGCGCUCCCGGUAUCUGUGGCAGCGAGCCCUAUAUUGCCCCCGAAGUCUUAGCGAAGAAGGCCGAGUACGACCCCCGCGCCCUUGAUGUCUGGAGCUCUGCUAUCAUCAUGGUCAACUUGAUUUUGGGGAAACCUGUGGAGCAAGGCAUCGCCCAAAGAUCCCAAUUAUCUGCCUUUGCUGAAAGGCUGGGAUGA